CGCGAACUAUUUUCCUAAAAUUCAGCUUUUCCCGCCUAAAUCCCCGCUCUCUUUCCCUCUCUAACUUUUGUUUUUCCCUCAUUUUUCUGUCUACAGCUACAACAAGCACUCCCCCCCCUCUCUCUCUCUCUCGUCAAAUCUCAAUGCAUACAAUUCUUCUUCCUUUGUUAAAAGCUUCUUUUCUCUAGAAACAAUGCCGGACCUCGGAAUCGUUUCUCUCUCAGCUUCUCUAACCCUCACUACCUGCCCUAACUUCAAAUCGCUCGCCGACCCAUCAGAUCAGGGCUCGGUCAAAACCCUAGGCGUUGACUGCGAUUGGGACCGGGGGCUCAGGCUCCCGACUUUGCACAAUGGCGAGGUCAGCAAUGGUCAUGCAAUCAGGGUUUUCCGGCGGAGCCGCCCCUUGGCGGGCCCGUCCAAGAAGGCCUCCAACGGCAAGAGUUUGGAGGACCAUGUAAGGGACUGGGUUAGCACAAGAGUGGAAUUGGGCAUUCCUGAAUCCCGGUGCUCGUUGCCGUUUCUUUACGGCGCAAAGAAAUUGGUUGAAUGUCUUGUUUGCCAUAAUUUUGCUUACCCCGGGGAAGAGGUCUCAUGCUCUGUUCGUGGUUGUCAAGGAGUCUAUCACAGGAAAUGUGUGAAGGAUAGGUUUGGGAUCUCUUUGAAAAAAUUCAAGUGUCAGCAACAUGCAUGCUUCAUUUGCAAACAGAGGGUAGAUUGGCGGUGUGUGCGAUGCAGUAUUGCCUCACAUGAUAAAUGUGCAGCAUGGCCAGAUGAAGUGAUUUACUUGAAAGACCGGCCAGGGAAAGCUGUUUGUUGGAGGCAUCCUACAGAUUGGCGGGAGGAUAGGAAGUUUUUCAGAGGGAAUCAAAUGCUUUUGGGGCUGGCUAAUACAGUUUUGAGUUUAUUGGACCAGCAUAGAAUAUCUUAUAUUUUUGUUGAGGCUUUAGUUCGUCAUUUGUAUUUUUCAUUGAUUAGGCUGGUUGACAGGACUAAUCUGUUUGUUGAUGAGCAGCAUGCGGCCUCGAUAAGCAGUAUAGAGGAGGUAUUCUGUUGCUUGCCUCUGCCUUACACUGCUGAGGAGUUCAAGAUUGACUUAGCUUGGAAAGACACGGAUAUUAAAAUAGAGCCACCUCCAUAUUUGCACAUCAGGCGUAAUAUUUACCUAGUCAAGAAAAAGCGCGAUAAUGUUGGUGAUGAUGUUGGAUGCACAUGCAUUUCCAUCUGCUCUCAGGAUUGUGUUUGCAGGGGUCAAUGCAUAAGCUGCUCAAAGGAUUGCCAUUGCUCAGAAAAUUGUACAAACCGACCAUUUCGCAAGGAGAAGAGGCUUAAAAUCGUCAAGACUGAACACUGCGGUUGGGGAGCAGAGGCGGCAGAAUCUGUUAAGAAAGGCGAUUUUAUAAUUGAGUAUGUUGGGGAAGUUAUUGAUGAUGCUUUGUGUGAAAAAAGGCUUUGGGAUAUGAAGUAUAAAGAGGUGAACAAUUUCUAUAUGUGUGAAAUUCGAAAAGACUUCACAAUUGAUGCAACCUUCAAAGGAAAUCCAUCACGAUUUUUAAACCACAGCUGUGAUCCCAACUGUGUCCUUGAAAAGUGGCAAGUUGAGGGUGAAACGCGUGUGGGCGUGUUUGCUGCACGAUCAAUACAAGUUGGAGAGCCAUUAACAUAUGAUUAUAGAUUUGUGCAAUUUGGACCUGAGGUGGAGUGCCGUUGCGGUGCUCCAAAUUGUCAACGCUUCCUUGGGACCAAGAGAAAGAUGGGUAAGGUGGAACUUUGCUGGGGUUCAAAACGCAAGAGAACAUCAACAGCCUGCAUAGCUAUCAUUACCGGAUGAUUAGUAUCAAACUAAGUUUAACCCUUUGUUGUACGCCCGUUGAUGUUGUAGAUCGCCUAUAUCAUGAAAUGUGGGCUAAUAGAAAUGCAAAAGGCAAAAAGAAAAACAAAAUAGAGAAAAAAUUACAGAAAAUCCUGUGCUGCAGCAGCACUUUUAUUUGCUGUAUGAUUGCAUCUAAUUGAAUUUUGCACUUGUUGGGAUGUUUACUUUCAUUUGACCACAAUAAGAGAGUUGACGUGUUUGUUCCACACGCCAAACUUAA